AUGUCCAUUAUUUUAUAUCAUUUAUUGAAUAUUCAAACUUCAAUUUCAUCAUUUUAUACAUUUCUUUUAAUUUUAUUAUUAAUUUGUAAUACAAUUCAACAAUUAAAUGAAUUCAAUCAUCAAAAUUUACCAAAAAAAUAUGCAAUUAUAACAACUGGUGGAUCACAUAAAGCAUAUAUUACACAAAAAUUAAAUAAUGAUUUAUAUAAUACAGAUUAUUCACGUAAAAUUAAUGUUAAAGUAAGUGAUAUAUUAACACGACAAGCUGAAGCUAUAGCCUCUUCACAAUUAUUAUCAUCAUCAUCUAAUAAAAAUAUUGAAUAUAAAAUCAAUAAAAAAUCAAAUUUAUCUAAUCAAUCUAAUUUAUUAAUUGAUUCUAAUCAAAGAGCUCAAAUUAUUGUUAAACCAUCUAAUAAAAAUUCAUUAAUUUUACCAUCAAAUAUAUUACAACAUUCUAUUAUUAAUGAUGAUCGUUCAUGGCCACCAGAACAUUCACAUGAAUUUGAAAAAGUUGAUAUACGUGUUUUAGGUGAACGUAUAGAUAGUAAAGCAUUACUUCAUUUACGUCCAAGUUCUACUAUUGAAUCAAUACGUAAAUUACGUCGAAUACUUGGAUCUGAUUUACAAAUUAAUUGGAUGUCUAUAGAAAAUCCAUUAAAUUCACAAAGUAAAAGUACACGUUCAACAUUAUCAUCAAAUAUUCCUAAACCUGAUAAUUAUUUAUUAAAUAUUAUAGAUGAAUUAAAUUUCACUGUUUUUCGUUCAAUAAAUAAUGAUGGUUUAAUUUAUCCACUUAAAAUGACUAUUGAUCAAGUAAAUAUAAUGAAAACUUGGUUAUUACAACGUGCAACAUGUACUAUGGAAUAUAUAUGGGAAGAUUUAGGACCAUUAUUUUGGCCUAGAUGGAUUAAACGUGGUGUUUGUGUGAAUACGCAGUCUUGUUCUUGGCCACCUGGUAUGCGUUGUCGUUCAAGUGGUUCACGAUCAUUGAAAUUAUUAAGAUGGCGUUUCUAUCAUGGUCUAGCUUCAUUUAAUUCAUGAUAUCAACUAUUGAAAUUACUACAAUCUCCACAAAACUCCUUCUGAUACUAAUCAGUAUAUGCUCACUAGUGACUGGCUUCAAGAGGUAUAUGCUGGAGUUCUAGUGAAAAAUAAUGACCAGUGGAGUUCAACCGGGUCAGUUGUGCGAUAGUAACUCAGUGAUGACAGUGGUGGAUGUUUCACUUAAUUUUGUGGAUUAGUUGACGUUAGACAUUAACACCGUUUGAUGUCGGCUCAGUGGUCUAGAUGUUAAGCGCUCGCGCACGAGACUGGUCGGUCCUGGGUUCGAAUCCCGCGAAGCGGGAUCGUGGACGCGCACUGCAGAAAAGUCCCAUACUAGGAUAAAACGUCCAUCUAGUACUUCUAUAUUUUCAAUCGUGGUCCAGCCUAAAAUCAACUCAUGAAUUUAACUAUUAUCAUAUAUUCACCUAUAAAAUAAAUAUUGCAUUGUAAAGAGGUUAAUUAAGAAUCAUAUUUUUGGAUAAACUUUCUUCAACCUGUUUCAAAACCUUCCCAAUUAUUUCUAUCUGUAAUUUAUAAUUUGUAAAUUCAAUCAUAACACAUUAAGAACUUUCAUUUGUAUAGUGUUUUAAAUUAAAUAUCAGUUUACACAGAAAUGUUAUCAUAAACUUUUGUAUCAACUAAUCACUUCCACUGUAAACAUAUAUGCAGGAUUUUCAUGAAUAACAAAACAUUAAUCAUAUUGGUUAGAUAAAUGUAUUUAGGAAGUAUAUGUUAAGUGAACAUUAAAACUGUAAAGUUGAC